AUGACGACGACGAUUUCGACCAUCAAGACAUACCAGCUGUGCUACAAUCUGAAAGAAAUGAGGAGCCUGGAUGUCGAGACGGUGAAACAAAUAAUGCUGCCUCGAUCAGGCAAGGAGAAGAAAAGUGUAUUCUUGGUGUUAGUGGACACAAGACCACCCUCGGCUUCUCUUCCCAUUAUACCUUCUUCAACAAUACCCUUACCACGAAGUGGCCACCUUCUAAGAUGCAUCUCAAAUGCGGGGUCCCCAACAUCUCAAAUGCAUCCCCUUUGUUAUGUGGAAUUAGGCAAGUGGGCAGCGGUAACCAAUUUCACGUUCGAAGAGACUCAAGACCUGUCCAGUGCCGACAUUAGAAUUUCAUUCUUCAAAGGUGAUCACGACAAUGGUAGUCCGUUUGAUGGACUAGGAGGGGUUCUUGCUCAUGCCUUUGCACCCAAUGAUGGAAGAGUGCAUUUUGAUUUGGAGGAACGAUGGACAAAUGGUAUCCGUGCCGAUUGGAUUGAUCCGGCAUCUGUGGCGGUGCACAAAAUCGGCCACUUGCUUGGGCUUGGGCACAACUCUGAGCACGAUGCUGUUAUGUUUCCCUACAUUGAUGUGGGAACUCAAAAGGUGAAUUUGCACCCAUACGAUAUAGAAGGAAUACAAUCUCAUUAUGGUAUUCAUUGA